AUAAAAUGUGUGCGCAUCGUCACAAACGAAAUUAGAUCAUAGUGCGAAGUCGGAGCUCGCGGACACACAUUUUUUGUGUUCCUCCCGCGGAAACAAACGCUAGCCAGUAGCGUGUUAUUUCGAGAGGUGGACAUUGAGAGCAGUUUAGAGCAAUGGAAGCGUUAAAUGCAGCCUUUGUUGGAGAUGACGGCAAAACGGUGGUGAUUGAUAGCAUCCCGUCUUCUACGGUGCAACUAACGCCGUUGAAGCCGGAAAUUGAUUACUCAACAGCAAGAAAAAGGCCGCAGAUUGGAGCUGCUCUGGCUGCUGCUUUUAGUGCGUUCCUUUUGGGAACGACGCUCGGCUGGUCGUCACCUGUUCAACCACAACUGCAACAAAUUGCUGGCGCAAAUGAAACCACUUUGAAAAUGAUGUGGAACAUACGUCUCGAUGAUGACCAAAUGUCGUGGGUUGGUUCACUGUUGAAUAUCGGGGCGCUUUUCGGAGCCCUUUGCGGAGGAUUCCUGAUGGACACGUUCGGACGUCGUUUCAUCCUUAUGACGAUGACAUCACCUUAUAUCAUUGGCUGGCUAAUGAUUAGCCUCGCAAUCGAUUCAAGUAUGCUCUAUGUCGGUCGAAUUAUUGUGGGAUUUUCCGGUGGAGUCUGUUCAGCUAUUGCACCUUGCUACAUUGGUGAGAUCUCAACUCCGACUAUGCGAGGAAUAGUUGGAUUUUUCUUCUCGGUCAAUCUUGCGUCUGGUUUACUAGUUACUAGUCUGAUGGGAUUGUGGAUGGACUGGCGAUGGAUAUCGGUGAUUUGCACGAUCGAGCCAAUCGUUUUCUUGAUUGGCUUAAUCUUUAUUCCAGAAUCUCCGUACUAUUUGAUUAAGAAAGGACGGCAAGAUGAUGCGUGCGGAGCUCUUUGUUGGCUACGAGGUUCUAGUUACAACAUCAAAUCGGAAUUGUAUCAGAUAGAAUGCCGUGUACAAGAGGAUGACAAAGAAGCUUAUCAGCUCUCUGAUCUCUAUCAGCCGUGGUUGCUUAAACCUAUUCUGAUUGGCGUAGUUUUAAUGACGCUGCAGCAAUUCUCGGGUCUCAACGCUUUGUCAUUUAAUGCGGCCGAGAUUUUCAGGGUGGCAGAUUUCACUUUUAACCGUCUCAUUUGCGUAGUCAUUAUCAACGCCGUACAGGUUUUAUCUGUUGUCUUUUCUUCUACGGUUCUGGUCAAAACAUUCAACCGCAGGCUAUUGUUCAUCACCUCAGAAGGAUUAGCUUGUCUUUCAAUGCUUUGCAUGGGUCUUUUCUUUUUCAAUUUGGACACGUCAAAUGCUCAGAUGAUGGCCCACUUCAAAUGGGUUCCGUUGACAUCGAUGAUCGUCUUUUUCGCCGCCAUCGGCUUAGGUUUAGGAGCUUUGCCGUGGCUCAUAUCCAGCGAAAUUCUACCGCCAAGAUUUCGAGGACCCGGUAGUUCGAUUAUUGCCUUCACCAAUUUUGCAAUGUCGUUUGCAGUCACCAAGACAUUCGUGGACAUGCAGCGAGUGAUGACGCACGCCGGUGUGUUUUGGUUUUACGCAGGUGUCUCAUUCAUUGGCAUUCUGUUUGGCUUGUUUCUACUGCCGGAAACUAAAGAUCGAACAUCGAAUCAAAUCCAAGCUGCUUUUAAAACCAAUGGUACUUAAAUCUUCUUUUGUGCGCACAGCACUCAAAAGGGUUCCUAUCAAAUUUCAAAAGUAAUUAUAUUUGUAAAUUGAAUACAUUUUUUUAAUGGUGCAAACAAA